ACGAUUGUGGAGUAAUGGAAGUGUUGUCGAGAGAACAAGUAGUGGUGAAACUCCCUCAAGUGGUAAACAUUUUCUCCAGUGACCAGUUAUAAGAGGACACGAGGUUGAUAUACGUGCCACACCCUGUCAAAGCCAUUAAUAACCAUUCAUGAAUAUUCUCCAAGCUUUACGUGCAUCAGACAAUUCUUUUCCCGCUCAGAAAAUGAACUUUUUAAGUCGAGUUCCUUGUGAGGGUGUUGCAAAUUAUAAAGUUGGUGUAGAGUGAGUGCCCCUGAGGUGACUAGAGAACUGUCACAGCGUACACCAUGGCUGCAGAACAAGAAAUGCCCACCUUCAAGCUGGUGCUGGUUGGUGAUGGCGGUACUGGCAAAACUACAUUUGUUAAGAGGCAUUUGACUGGUGAAUUCGAGAAGAAAUAUGUUGCUACGCUGGGUGUGGAAGUCCAUCCACUCGUCUUCCAUACUAACAGAGGACCUAUCAAAUUCAAUGUGUGGGACACGGCAGGUCAAGAAAAAUUAGGUGGCCUUCGUGAUGGUUACUACAUCCAGGCUCACUGUGCCAUUAUUAUGUUUGAUGUCACCUCCAGAGUUACCUACAAAAAUGUACCCAACUGGCACAGAGAUCUAGUGCGUGUGUGUGAAAACAUCCCCAUUGUCUUGUGUGGAAACAAGGUUGAUGUUAAAGAUCGGAAGGUCAAAGCAAAAUCUAUCAUUUUCCACCGAAAGAAAAACCUACAGUACUACGACAUCUCUGCCAAGUCAAAUUACAACUUUGAGAAGCCGUUCUUGUGGCUCGCACGUAAGCUGAUUGGUGACCCCAACCUGGAGUUUGUUGCCAUGCCAGCACUCCUCCCCCCAGAGGUCCAGAUGGACCCACAGUGGCAGCAACAAAUCGAGAACGACCUCCAAGAAGCCUCCCAGACCGCUCUGCCCGAGGAUGACGAGGAUUUGUAGACGCAGUUAUUGUAUUGCAGACAACAUAAUAAAGCUAUAUUUGUUAAAUACUUGUGUUGAAUUGGACUUGUUGAAAAUGGCCUCUUAUCUGUUGCUUUUGGAAUUCUGCAGGAAGUGAAGAAUCUUGCAACAAUUACUUCUCAUUCACCCCAAUGACUUGUGCUGAAUACAGAUACGCUGUAUUUUAUUUUAUUUUUAUUUUUGGCUUGCACGCAGAAAAAUGAGGAGCGUGCGUCUACUAUAAACAUUCCCGUAAGCAAGCUGCUGGUUGGUAAUUUUUUUUUUCCCCAAUUCCGUUGAAUUUUUUAUUUUUUUUUAUAAGCCUGUGGUUGCUGUUAAACAAAAAUUUUCUAAUAAAUUGGAGAAAUGCUA